CAGUUAGUACGGUACACUCAACCAGUCAACACCCGAACUCCUCGUGAGCCGUCGAAAGAUGUUGACGAAAAAUCAUCUUUUUCGCAAGAUGAAGCUGUGCUGACAUGACUGAGCAUUUGCCCGGUGCAAGUGGCACCAUGGCCCAUCCGGAUGGGUUCCACAUUCUGGCCGAGCUGACGUCAGCCGAAAGCUUGACCGCGCCUAUCAAAGCGUCCGGCCGAAUCAAGUACACUUGCAUAGCUGUGUCCAAGAAUUACAUCGGUCUGGGCGCUUCGUCGGGGAGUCUUUACAUCUUCCAUCGCAGCUCAUUCAAGUACCUUCAGGUUUUUUCCAACACGGAAGGGGCCCUUACGAGGGUUACGUUUGCACCUGAUGAUAACUUGGUUGGCCUGGCAACAAGCCAAGGCGUAGUCAUCACGUGGGAGCUGAACAUUGAAAGACGGACCAAGUCGGAGCGUCUUGCUGUGUCAUCGGCACACCGCAAUGGCGUCGUGACGGCCAUGAUAUGGGACACGGCCAGCGAGCGGCUCUUCUCAGGUGACAGCCACGGCCGUGUCACCUUCCUGAAUGUCUACCAUCGAAAGAUGGCCGGCCUCUUCAAGUUACCCACGGAGUUGGUAAUGGACGCGGACUCGGCCAUUGUUCAGCUUGACUACUGCGAUGACAAAUUGCUCACCUCCACAGCAACCAAGUGCUUCAUUUGCGACACAAAAAAAAAGAAACAAGCCUAUGUAGUGGGAACUAAGCUCAGGGAUGGGCAGUUUGGGGCAUGCUUUCUGCAGAAGGCGACCAAGGAAUUCCCGCUGGUGUACUCGGCUCGCCCCAGCAGCAGAAUUUGGGAGGGCAACAUUGUAGGUCAAGUUCUUGCCACUCACCAGUUCAAACAUCUGCUGGCUGUGCCGUCACUACCUGUGGUGGGACCAGGACGCACUCCUGUUUUUCCCAGCGCAGAUCACAUUCAGAAGCCUCAAUCUCUCAACUUUUCCCAACUCCUGACAUUUGGUCAUGGACAUAACCUACUACUGACAUGGAAUGCUGAGGCCAUCUACGUGUUCGACCCUACCCACAUCAAGGUCAUAUUGUGGUCCAUGGAUUUUAAAGAUAUCCUCUGGGCAUGUGUUUACAAGUCCAGAGUGUACUGUCUCCAUCCCAAUUCCCAAGUCAGGUGCUAUAUGCUUCUCAGCGCUGAGCGCUGCGUCUCCAAGCUCUACGCCCUCAGCCUUUGGGAGCAGAGUGCCCAAGUGGCGGUCCACUUCGCCGAGCGGAUCAAGCAGGGUGCAGCCCGCCGCUACGUGCCCAGCAGCCUGGUUCGGGAAGUCAACUACCAGCUGCUGGACGGCCAAGCAGACUUGGCACUGAUGGGGAAGAUGGAGGAGUUGCUCGGCAUCAUGGAGGAGGAUGGGCUGUCGACGCCUGGCAGCAGCCGGCGCAGCAGCCUUGAGUCAUUUGAGGGGACGCGGCUGGACUCAGGCAUCUACCUGGUGCGGAACCGAGCUGCCAGUGAGGAUUCGGUGGAGGAUUUCUCCUACCAGAACCUCCAGCCGGCAGUCUCCGUCGUUGAUAGGGAGACCCAGAUGGAUGGUAGGAUUGAGGGCUACGAUCCCAAGAACAACGGCAAAUCUGACACCAAUGAUGAGCAGGAUGUUGCAUGGGAGUCCUCAGAGUUCCCUAAUUAUGAAACAACACCUCUCACAACCUACGAACCAUCGGAGAUGAAUUACGGAAUAGGAAAAUUAAGCCUGAGGCAUUCUUCCCAGUGCGACUUCGAGGAUAACCAGGCCGUGCCGAUGCCUCCAAACGAGGGAGCCCAAGCGGAGCGGUUUGGACGAACUGCUGAUGUGGCAGAGAGCUUUGGAGAUUUCGACGAGGAGGUGGAGGUGGCCAGCGGGUUCCAUUUUGCGGAAGACGAAGAGGUGGAGGGACCGGGGGAGCUGGGCAACGGCCCGGCGGGCAUCAACUGGGGCUUCGGCCAAGGCAGGUUGGGACUGCGCCGACAGAGCUCACUCAUGGAAGAGAUUGCUGAGAAACCCUCUGAAGGCAAUACACGUGCAUUAGUCAAAGACGGAGAACUAGACUCCAGCAUAGCAGAGUCCCUCAAUUCCACCAGCGAGAAUCCUGUGACAAAUCUGUCAACGGGCCCCCGGAUGGAAAACCUUCAGGACAGUCCAUCAACCAAAGCCGACGAAAGGAAGAGAGCGGGCAGUGACCCUAGCAGCCCAGGGGACUCAGCCAAUCCGUGCAAGGCUAGUUCUGAUGACACGUCCUCGAACACUUCAGUCUCUCGUCCACAUGGUACCACAGCCAGAGAUGCUGUGAAGAUGCAUAAUAACGCGUCGUCACAGUGCAGUUAUUCCGUUGCGACGGACACCCAAUCUUCAGAGAAAUGUCAUUCCCAAAAUAGUAUGCCAUCCCCUUCCCAGCCGGACCAUUCAGGAAUGGGCCAUGCACAAGAUCAGCAAUUAACCGAUUCGGGUAGAUUUACCACAGAUGUUAGCUCAGAAAUCACACAACAUGAUCAUUCUCAGAUGGGCCACAUGGUUCCGAGUGAGACACACCCAACAUUGCUAACCCCACAACAGAGGCCAAGGCUAACUCAUUUGCCACUUGAGUCAAUAGCAGCUGCCCGUGACCUCAAAGAUACGGAUCUCAAAAGUGCGCCUUUGAUAGAAGAGGCAGCAGGCGCUCAGGAAGAUUGUCCAGCCAUCCGGCGGACCAUGUCCCUGCCCAUGGUCGAUCCGAUGAUUGGCCCAGACAGGGACGGACGUCGAGCCCGGAAGCAGUUCUACUCAGCCAAGGACAAGAAGCGCUCAAAGAAGAGCCGCAUCAUUGACUUUGAUAAACCUCAGGUUUCUUCCAAACCUGACCACCCUCCAAAGAUUGAUUCCAUCUCCGCGGUGCCAGUGUCGCCCAAGGCCAUGCCAAAACUGCCCGUCAGAAGCCCAGUGACGAGCACCCCUAUCAAACGAUCCCAGAGUUUCUCCUCUCAGCCCGCCUCCCAACUGUCCCCAACCCCCACCCCCACCAAGCGGUCAAGCCAGCUGGACCAGGGAGCAGAUUCUCCACAAUUAAACAGCUUCGGCAGCGAGUCCAUGGUCGGGACCGGACUGUUCGAUCCCGGCGAAGAUAUGUUCUGGGGUGGGUCGUCCAUGAUGUUUACCAUGACAGGACCCAAGCUCGCCGCCCAGUUUCUGGGCCCAUCUCUGUCUGCAGUGAAAGAGAGUUUAUCGUCCAAGUUGGUAAAAACCAAGACGUUUCUGAGACAGAUGAGCAGCGAGCCAGAGAUUGGCAGUCCAGAAAAAGACCUGAUUACCACGGUGACGCCAGCAGAGAGGCAACCUCUGACCACCCCUGAAGACCCCAGCCCGGAACCCACCGCACCCCACCGUCGGUCUCGUACGGACUCCUUGCACAACACUCUCAUGCCGUCUGCCAGUUCGGAGCACCGGCAAUUGCAGUCGGCUGUGCCCAGAGCUACCUCGUUUGACCCACCGGCCAGAUCUUUUGACCUCGUCGUCAAUACAGAGAAGGAAAAGUUGGAAUAUUGUAAAGGGCUGGUAGACGAUGCAGUCAGGAAGUUGGCCCAAGCAACCUUCGAAGCCAAGCAAAGCUUGCAAGAUCCCAAGUUGUCCCUGAGCGUUAAUGAUUGCUGUGAUGUCCUGGAGAAAUGGUUACACGUACUCCAGAAAGCAUUAGCACCUAAGAACCACCAUCUGCAGACAGAAUCCUUUGAAGAGAUCAAGGGAGCAAUGCCAAUGGACCGGCAGCCGGGAACUUGUGGAGAUGAAGAAAAGAAUCCAUUUGUUGGUGAAGACGGCUCAGUCUCAUCAAAUCAGGAUUUACCCUACCCCAAAAAGGAAGUUGGUGAAACGGAUGCACUGACAAGGGACAUCUUGAAUUUCUCUGCGCCAAGUCGCAGUAGAAGCAGAUGGCAGUUGUCCGACCCCUUGGGUCUUCCAGAGAAAGUCCUGCAAGACAUGUCUGACCUUGCCUUACUUUGUUUUGAGAUGGGUGUGUUUGGGUCCGAUGCCACUCCAACCAAUACGACCAUCCAGUCAGAUACUGAGAGGAGUGGCUCAUUCCAAGGGGAAUCCUCAUCCCCAGAGACUGACCAAUCCCACCCUCUCUUAGACCCAAACAUGAACACCCGCUACCCCAGAACCUUUGUAACACAGUCCCUAAUUGGCCAAUUUCCCCCAAAUGUUCAAAGUGUGAAUCGGACUAGCCAAUCCAGCACACCGUCUCAUGGCGCGUCACAACUUAAUGUAACAGACAGCAGCAGUCAAGGAUACGUAUCCAUGGAAACAGAUAACACAACAAUGGAUGAGCAAGACAAGAGAUCUGCCAAUUUUGUGGCUUCCUUCUUCUUUCUGCUGGAUGUUGAUAGAGUCCGAGACGUCCUGAAGUGGAGAGAGGGCUGGCGAAUACAAACAAUGGCCUCCAUUUUGGAUUGCAUGCAAGCGAGUGACUCGGAGGAUGACUACCAAAUAGGAGGCAUCAGCAGACUUGCCCAAGUCAUCAAGACGGAAAUGCAGAAAGGAAAUUGUGUCAAUAUCUCCCACAUAAACAGGCUGUUGCAGCAAGGUGAGACAGAGACAGCCCUGGACGUCAUGGUGGGGGCAUUCCCGGACCUGGCCCCAUGGGAGGUCAUGCACCUAACCCAGGCAGACACUGUCCCCCGUGGCUGCUUUCUGGACUACGCCACCACAUUGCUGGAAUCUGUGGAAGCCAUGGAUAGAGAUUCUAUGCUGGCGUCCAUCUGCAGUGACCAAGAGGUCAUUUGUCAUCUGUUGUCCUGUGCCCUUUCCCAGGGUGCACCUGGUACAGCUGAUCUGUUCUGCGCUUGUGGAAAUAUGCCGAGGCCUGGAUCCCACAUGCAGGAAUGGCAGUAUGGUACCCUGGCUGAUGAAAUACUGUCCCUACCUGCCACAUGCAAGGACAGACUACUGAAUGCAUGCAUUCAACAUGGCUUUUGGCAGGGUGCAUUGAGAUUGUGCUUGGAUCUCCAGCAGCGCCAGCGAGCACUGAGGGUGGCCUUGCAACUUGCUGAUGUGAAAUUUUUCUCAGAUGAAGCCGAAGGAGUCUUGCCCCAAAACAUGGAUGAGUGGAUCCUGCUGCUCAACCUGAUGAGCAAAUCACAGUCUGUCUCCAAAAGCAUCUGCUGUCUGUCCUGCAGUGCUUUGCUCCUGACUGAGCAGGACGGCCAUUGGUUGAUGGCUCCGGCAACCGCCAAACCCUCAUCAGACAAUGCCUGCGACUGGUCAGGCCAGGACCCGUCCUCCAAGCCUGAAUGCGACUGGGGCAUGGACUGCAAGAAUGCCCAGCAAGGCAUCCGUCUCCCAUCCAAUUGGUCGCCCUCUGUCACAUGGAAGAGAAUCAGCACGCUAUUGGUCAAAAGCAUGGGCCCGGGAUUGGCGACUAGGAUGCUGACAGACACGAGCAUACCUUCUGGAGAGCUUUCCAGAGACUUCUACAGGAACUGCAUCUUGAUCAGCAUGAUAGAAAAACACGAAGGAGAUGCUUGCUUGGGUUUGUUGGAGGGAACGGAUACGUACCUGUGGUCCAAGCGCAACAACACGAUGGCACCGCCAAUUUAUCACCAGAUGAUACAGGAACGCGCCAGGAUGAUGAGUCACGACGAAGCAGAUCCAGAACUGUUCGUCUCUAAGAUACCUGAACCCGAUGCCGUCUCCCCACAUUCUUACCUCUUCAUUGAAGACCACGACUGCCACUGGGGAACCAACGUUCUCUUGAACAGCGAUUGUGAAAUCUGCGGUCAUGCACUGUCCACAUCUGUUUCUGCACGGACGACUGGACUGCUGGCUUUCCCCUGUGGCCACGCUUUCCACUCUGCCUGUGUCGUUGAGAAAACAUGCGUACUGUGCUACGAGCAGAAAUGCCAGAAUCUGCAGUGACAAUCUGCAAGGUGUGAUAACACAAAGGAAAGCCAGCAAUAACCCAGUGGAUUUUCUCCAACAUGGCGUUAGAGGUGCCAUGUGUAUGUAGUGGUGCUGAACCAUUGACCCAUUUGCCUUUCUACCUGUCCAAACCACCGUGCCUGUCACUCCCUGCACACACAGACCCAGUCAUGUUACGUAUCUCGUGUGAGCUUUCAGGAAAGUUGUCAUUUUAAAGAAAGCAAUGACAGAAGGCAGUCCUACAGAUGCAUUUUUGGAAAUGACUGUUGCAGUUCCUAUUUCAGUGUUCAAACGAUGCACAGGUGCACGCGAUUACUACGAUCCAUCCGUUCAGUGCGCAACAUCGCGGAGCUGCAAUUGGCUGAAUGCGACAGUGUCCCUGGCGCUGAAUUAGGGCACAAUUCAACACAUCUACAUGUAUCUGCAUCUUUUGAUAUGAAUUGAGAUUCUAGAAUAUUGCUAUUCUCACAAUAUACAGCAUUCACUGAGUUCAAACUGAAGCUUAGUUGUAAAUUACCCAUCUUUAUAUUUUGACCACUUUUGUAGCCUCAGAUGAAUAUUAAUGCAUGAAUGACGACUGACGGACUCUAUCUUUAAAGUAUCAAAACAAAAACAAACAACCCCUCAAAAAUCAGUCUCUCCACAGUAGACCUUUUUCACCCAUGUGACUGGAUUGCGCUAAAUGUAAACAAUACCACCACCUGUGGAUUGCCGUGGCCACGGUGAUCACACGAUAUAUCCGUGGGGCAACUUCAACCAUGUUUAAGCGCACGUGCAAACGCUGCAUGCUGACUAGAUUACCUUGAGUAGGUAGAUUACCGUCACAACACAUCAUAGACCAGCACGAUUGGGACAUCACAGGAAAGAGGUCCAUAGCCUAUACUGCCCUCAGUGGACCCCAUGAGGGGCACAGUUGGCUAGUGUGUAAUUUAUUCACCUGUCUUCCCCUGUGACCCGGGUCCAAUUCCUGACCUGGCCUGUAUGAGAGUCCAGUUGUUCGUUUCUCUCUCUCUGUGUCUUGUGCCAGGGGGGGGUUUCACCAGGGUCUCUGAUUCUCCUCCCUCGUCAAAAAUCAACCUUUCUGAUCUCUGCCAGUGCUGUGUGGUUUUAAAUAAGGGCCACCCAGUGCCCAGCUUGAGGGGCUGUACGUGCCUUGAGCUCGAUCACUAUGUUGCUGUCGCCUUCAUAACGCAGGAGUAUUAGGCCCCUCCCCCGGAAAUUAAAUAGGAUGUCCUCCUUGUUGGAGUGGCUCGCUUUAAAAGCGACAAACCGUCUCAAGAGGAUUGCUGUUGUCAAGCUACGUGAAACAUUUAUGUGAAGUUCUGUUUCAAGCACUCUUUUAAAACAUGACUUUGGGAAAUCUGGCAUAUUCUUACACAGGAAUAACUGCCUAAUAACACUAUAUAAAGGUUUUCAGGUAUGUCACUUUUUCUAAUUAGUUUUGUCAACCCAAGAAGUUGUAAAAAUUUGGAAAUAUCGUAAUCAUUGUAAUUUGCAGGAACGAAUUUUAUUAUAUUCUCUACUACAUUUUUACAACAAUUUGCAAGUUGCUAAAGGAUCUUUUGGAUGCAAUAUUAAAAGAAAGAUUUGUUCAUAAUAUUUUAUAAAAAUUCAAUGCAAUAAUACUUAAAUGUAGUGCUAAAUAAAUGAUGAAAUCAUGUGACAAAAUUUUUUUUGACUAAUUUUGGACCAGUCGAUUCUCAUCAACUCUCCAAAAGUUUGAGUUCACAUGCUGGAGGGAGUUUUUUAAUACCAAAUUCCAGUUGGGGCAAAAAGUUUACUUACACUUGGUAGAAAAACAAGUUUUCCUCAGUUGCUGUUUGAAAUAGUUUUGCCAACUUUUUUCAAUGAGGUCUUACAGAUUGUAUCUCAACUUAAUGUUAAUAGUGUGUAUGUUUAUUGAGACAUUUAUUAUGAUUCAAAACAUCAACAUUUCUGAAAAAUCUUUUUGUGAAAAAUGUAAAUUGACCCCCUUAUUGUGGUUCAAAAACACCUCAGAAAGUGGUCCACUGCGACUAUGACAUGUGACCAAACAUACAGAGAGUAAUACUGAAUAAUAGGGUUGCGAGAACAUAAAAUUUUUAUUUCUUGUAAAUAUAAAUAUGAACCAUAAAUAUGUCUCUUGAUGUUUUUACUUGACGCAUACACCAUGCACAUUAAGUAGAGAACCAUCUUGUCUGUCCUCAUGAAAAGAAAAGUUGAUAAAAAAGGGCGAAGUAGUGAAAUUCGAGGAAAACUGGUUUUGUUUGACCAGAUGUAUGUAAACUGCCCCAACUGUAUAAUAUCUGCUUUUGAGUGAUGAUCGUUUGCUAAUAAGCAUGGAAAUGUUAUGACUGCUUAUGUUUUUGUGCGUGCUCGAUGGAUGUUUGCGAGUGUGGACAUGAAUGACACUGUUUGCAGCCCUUUAUUUGUGGAACCAUGCAGUACCUUAAGAAUGAAACCUUGUUGGACCUUGGUGUUGAAAUCGAGUCCUUCAUAACUCCCUGUAAGUCCACCACAUGUCAUCCAAGUCAACAAGCCAAGUCAAACACUCUUCAAAUGAAUCGUAACAAAAGUAUUCCUUUGUUCUACCCGUUACUUAUGACUGGUCUCGUGAAAGGACUUGUGAAAGGACCCAUGAUGGACUUGACUACAACUUGGUGAACCUUUCUCUGUUUGUUGAACAGCUGAAGUACUAUUCAUGUAUAUUUCUAGAACUAAGGAAUAUUUUAUUUUGUAUAAUAAAAGUAACUGUGGUACUAAUAUCAAUUGGCAAAAGUACUUAAAUAACUAUUGUCAUGUGGAAAUAACAGUUUCUAGUACUCACAGCAUUUUGUGUAUAUAAUAGCUAUUUGGUGCCUUUUCCAAUGACUAACAUACUCAGCCAAGGUAAAAGAAUGUGUCAUCUGUCUGUGUAUGCAUUGUACAUGUACGCAGCAUAGGCCUUCUCAUUACAAACAGUAACAUUUUGAUAGAGGUUAUAUUGGCAUUGUAUUUUCAUUUUUGGUUCCAUUUACUGAGAUAAAUUUCUGUUCCAGUAUUUUGAGUGGGUCAUGCCCCAUUUUCUUUUUUGACUGAUGAAACCAUCAUAUUUAACUAACAGAUUGUGGCCUGAAGUGGCUGAAUUUUGAGGUACUUCAGGGACAGAGGCAAUGUUGAAAUGUUCAGUGCCCAGAGAGUGAUUGUUUGACUUGAAUAUCUCAUAAAGGUAUUAUUUUUUUUACUAAUAAUCUGUUUUUCUUCACUAAAAAUCUGGGUGCAUAUAUCUAUGACAUUAGUUUCUCAACCUCCAGUGAGUCAUUACGAAAUGUUGAGAUUCCUUCCAAAGCCUGAAAGUAUGUAUACACGGGUUGUGAUUUUGAUUUUUUGGGGGUGAUAUAUGAUAAAGAUGGGAAUGUAAUCAGAUUAAUUUAGCACAACUAACUUAAGAAAUGAUAUAAUUGUCUAUUUUCGUCUGUACAUUUUAUAUAUCUAAAUAAAAAAGUCACGUUUAAAACAAUUCUCUUCUCGUGGCAGUUUAAUUGUUGAGUUACUGUUCUCAGUUGAUGUUUGUGUCUUCAAUAUUGAUUUUCUGUUGACUGGGGCAGAGACAUAUCCAAAUAACCAUAUCCAAAUACAUGUAUUCAUUCCAAAUAAAGUUUAUUUACUGUACAACGCAUCAUUUUGGGUAAAUCGUAAUGUUAAUUCUGCAUAAGCAACAGCAGUCACUCACUAAAUAAAUAUUUUUCUCGCAUGUGAACAAUAUGGACUUUCAAAACAAUACAAUGACGUGCUCCCGGUGCUGUCAGUAUUUCCUUGGGACCAUGCAGGGCUUCAUUGAAUUUUACAAAGUAAAUGCUUCCAGCUUGUGCACAGACACAUUGGCGUGUGGUGUUUGAUCACGGGACCCCUGUUAAUAGCAGAGGAAAUGUGCUAGAUAUUGUACAAAAUGACUUGCCCUAUUAUCAGCCGGUCUUGCAAAACCCGACCGAUAGUCUUGGGAUUCUAAGUCGAAGUUUUAUUAUGUAUUGGAGGUGAAGAACUUGGUUUUGAGUAAUGGAAGUUUUAAACCUGCAGAUGUAAUUGAGGCAAU